AUGGCACCUCAGUCUAAAGACGCUUACGGCCCUCCUCCUCCUCCUCCUGCAGGCCAGGAUCGGAACCAGAAUGAGCUCCCCAAACCGAAACGUAUCACGAAUCCGCGCCGUCUCCUCAUUGUCUCGCCGACCUCGCACGCCCAGAGCACGAUUCCUCCGCUUCUCCAUUCCCUCACCGGUGUACCUGUGACUGCGCCGCCGCAGGCUGAAUCAACCUCUACUGGUACAGUUUCUGCAGCAGCUGCAGAUAAUAAUGCAGAUACCAAGACGCAACCGUUUACGACGUCCUUUGCCGGGUACACGACGCAUGCACCGUUGCGGAUACAGACCAAGUACUACACUGCGGACGUGCCGAUAUGGGUGGAUGAGAUCCCUCUGACACUGCCUUCUUCUUCUUCUUCUUCUUCUUCUUCUUCUUCCUCCUCCUCCUCGUCCGACUCCAAUAAUAAUGAAGGUCGUGAAGAGAUUUCUUCUUCGGAGCAGCAGCAGCAGCAGCAGCCGCAAGAUUCAACCGCGCCGUCUACUUCUUCUACUACUACCCCAACAACAGCGCAGUGGAAAACGGAAUUCUUGAGCGAAGAAGCGCGCGUCGUCCGCGACGCGAUCGGCGCGAUAGUCAUCUGCGCGCAGAACCCGGAUGCUCCGAGCUCGUCGAUCCCGAAGGAGGCCUACACUGCUACUGCUGCUACUGCUAAUACUACACUGGCGUCGUCACGCGCAGAUGUUCGUGCGCUUAAGGACCUAGUCCAGAUGAUCGCCGACGUCAAGAGCCAGACAGAAGAAGAGAGGGGGGAAACGGGCGAAGUACCGGGGUUAUUGGUGCUCGUUGGCGAGAAGAAGAAGAGUCGCAAGCAGCAGCAGGGAGGCGCAGAUAAUGAUGAUGACGAUGGGGUCGAAGGACUCAAGGACCAAGAGGUAUUCAGCGCUGCGUGGUGGGAAGAUGAGCUCUAUGACAUGGGUGUGUUUGGCUUCGAAGUCGUGGUCUGGGACCCUAAGGCGGAUAAGAAAGAGGAGGAGAAGAGAAAUAAGUUUGGAGAAUACGAAGGCAUGCGCCGCAUCAGAGAAGUCCUCGAAACCCACGAUUGGUCGGCAGCAACUACUACCUCAAAAGACCACGACGACGACCACGAAGACUCUAUCCUGCACUCAGAAGAAGACGGGGAACACGAUGAUGGCUUCAAACUCGAAGUCGACGAACUCGAGCGGGAAAUGAUGGGUCUCAAAUUCGCUAUCCAGAACGGUGGUGAUGACGAUAACGAUGACGAUGAUCAUAACGAAAAAGACGCAGAGAUGAAAGUUGAAGAAUUGGAGACUUUGAUGAUGAGGAUGCGCGCUAUUAAAGACAUGAGCGCCGAUCUACCAGAAAGCCAGCGCAAAGCGUUCGCCACAAAGGCUAUCCAAGAUAUUAUGCGGGAGUUGUAA